AUGCGUAAAAUUGAGGAAGAAAACUAUGUGGGAUUAUUGAAUGAAAAUUAUAUUUUAGUAGGGAGGUUUAGCCCACCACCCCAAAUAAACAAAAUCCUGGCUUCAUCUUUGAUUGAUCAGUAUGUCUCUCUCGUCUCGAAAAGCAUCAGAAGUAAGGACAUCAGGCUUGGCAGGGUUUUACACUCAAACUUCAUCAAAACAGCUCUCACCUUUGACACCUUCCUGACCAACCGGCUCAUUGAUCUUUACUCCAAAUGCAAUGCCGUACAAGAUGCCCAAAAGGCUUUCGACGACCUUCCAACGAAGAACACCCAUUCUUGGAACACCAUGAUAUCCAUGUACUCGAGAAAUGGCAGUUUUGACAAUGCUCGCCAUUUGCUUGCUAAAAUGACAGAACCAAAUCUUGUGAGCUAUAAUACUUUGGUUUCUGGUUUAGCACGUCAUGGGUAUCAUAAAGAAUCCAUAUCUCUCUUCCAAAGGAUGCAACAGGAUUGUGAAUGUUUAUUCUUGGACCAGUUCACGUUUGUAAGCAUAGUGGGGACUUGUGCUUGCUUAGGUGCAUUGGCAAUGUUGCGUCAAGUUCAUGGGGUGGCGAUUGCAAUUGGCUUGGAAAUGAAUAUCAUUGCUUGCAAUUCUUUGGUCAAUGCUUAUGGAAAAUGUGGUGAACCAGACACCUCAUAUUCUGUCUUCAGUCGAAUGCUAGAGAGGGACAUUGUGUCUUGGACCUCAAUGAUUGCUUCUUAUGCACGGGCAUCAAGAAUGGAUGACGCUUGUUGGGUAUUUCAUGGUAUGCCUCUUAAGAACACAGUUUCUUGGACUGCUUUGAUUUCGGGUUUUGUACAAAGUGGGCAUGGUAAUUAUGCUUUGGAUCUUUUCCAGAAAAUGCUGGGAGAGAGGAUCCGGCCUAGCACAGUUACAUAUGUUAGCAUUUUGAGUGCUUGUGCAGAUCUAGCACUUAAUGAAAGAGGUAAGCAGAUUCAUGGGCAUAUCAUUAGAAGUAAUAAUGGAAGCUACUUGUCCAAUGUAUUUAUUUGUAAUGCUCUAGUUGACAUGUACAGCAAAUGUGGGGACAUGAAAUCGGGAAAAACAUUGUUUGAGAUGAUUCCUGAGAAGGAUGUAAUCUCUUGGAACUCUUUAAUUACUGGAUUUGCUCAGAAUGGGCUGGGGAAGGAGUCACUUCUUGUUUUUAAGAGGAUGGUAGAAACAAAUGUGAAGCCUACUCAUGUGACUUUUCUUUUGGUCUUAUCUGCUUGUAGCCACACGGGUUUAGUUUCUGAAGGACUUCAAAUUCUGCACUUAAUGGAAAAGGGUUAUGGUAUUAAACCUAGAUCAAGUCACUAUGCAAUUGUGAUUGAUUUGCUUGGGAGGAAAAAUAAACUGAAGGAAGCGAUGGAGUUGAUUGAGAGAGCUCCUCAUGCAUCAGAUCAUAUUGGGAUGUGGGGUGCACUUUUGGCUGCUUGUCGAGUCCAUGGGAACUUGGCCCUAGCUAGGAGGGCUGCAGAAGCUCUUUUUGAGUUGGAGCCCCACAAUGGUGCAAGGUAUGUUAUGUUAUCAAACAUUUAUGCCGCAGCUGGUAGAUGGGCUGAUGCCCAUAAGGUGAGAAGGCUCAUGGAAGAAAGAGGUUUGACAAAAGAGUCAGCUUAUAGUUUGAUAGAGCUGAGAAAUGCAAGGCAUGAGUUUGUAGCAAAAGACAAGGUCCACUGUCAGACAGGAGAGAUGAAUGAUACGAUUGGUAAAUUAGCAGACCAUAUGAAGGAUGUAGGCAACCUUCCUUACAUUUACAGCCUUUUGUCCGAGGAUAAUGGUUAUUCCUGAUGUUUUUCAGAUGAUAUAUUAGAACCAGGAGAAGAAGCUAGUCCACAAGCUAGUGUGGAUGUUGCUGUUGCCCAUUCUUUCUGUUUGGCAGUAAGGGAGACCAAGAGAUUAUCAUGAAGGCCAAAGCAUAUAACUAUGAAUGUACUAGGACUUCAUGAGUUUCUGUAACCGAUAUGCAGCAUUUUCAUACAGUACCAACAUUUGAAGCCAAUUGAUAACUGCAGCUGAUCUACACAGUUAAAACUCUGAAGUAAUAACAGAAAAAUGAGCAGAAGUUCAGAUGACCUACUCAUUGCAGUAGCAGGCAUUAGAUGAGCGAAUGUCAAAUUGCCUUCAUUUAAUCUCAACCCUUGAAUUUGAAUUUAAUGGAACCUCCACUCCCAGCAGAUCUGAGAGGAAAACCUUUUCGUGCUCUUUUUGGAACAUUGCAGAUUGAAUAUGGCGAGCCAGCUCCAUGGUUGUCUAUGGACUAUGGAACACAUCUAUCAUUUGAGUGCUAUUCCCCUCACAUGUGGGGACAAUCUCUGCGCUGGAGUCCUAAGAUGUUUUCUCCUGCAUUGAUUACCUUCUAAGUUUGAUUAUGUCACGGCUUAAAGGUAUCGGUCUAAAUCUCAUUGUUUUCCAUAUAUCAGGAUGCAGGGGACAUACUGUAUCAUAUCUUUUACUGCAUGCUUUGAAACUGUUGCUAGUUUUAUUUUAUUAUCAUGUCAUAACCAAGACUUGUUUUGCUAGGCCAUUUACCAAGUUACACGAUCAUCUAAUGGAAUUUAAUAAGAGUGUAGAGAUUAUAUGAAAUACUGUUGACUAACAGAACCUCUGUGGCGGAUUACUCUAUUCAUAGCGAAUAUCAGCUGAGGUGAAGUGUUGCAGGCUGACGGCUGGGGUUUAUUUCAUGGAUUACAGCUUGUUAUGACUUUGAAUAUUCAGAAUUUGGAGAUUGAAUCAGAUUCAGCUACUUUGGUGACUCUGUUGAGUGGUGAAAAUAUGGCGUGCACCCCCUUGGUACCAUUCUGCUCAAUUGCAGGAGAUCGAUGAGGUCCUUUGAUUCCUUACAUCUUAAGCAUAUCCACAGAGAAUGCAACAUGGUUGCAGACUUACUUGGUAAAGACAGUGUACAUGCAGCACACUGUAGGGAUAUGCUUGUUUCACAGGGCUCCUACUCUAGUCACUGAAGCUUUGGUAGAUCACAUUCUUGGUAUUGCUCAGCCUAGACUAGUAGUAAGAGCCAAAUCUGGCUGGUUUGUCUUUUUGCUGUUUUGUUUGGCUUUUCCCCCUAUUGUACCAGAAAAAAAAAAAACA